UGCUGCUUGUGUGAGGAUUGGCUCCUGGUAUUUAAAAAAAUAAAAAAUAAAAAAUCCCAGUUUGUCUUGCAAAUUCUUCAUCUUUCGUGUUCAUAUCUGCAGCAUAUAGUACAAUGGGGAGGAUGAAUUAUUUGGCUAUGAAAACUGAUCCGGCAAUGGAUGAUUUGAUCGGCUCUGAUAUCAAUGACCCCAAGAUCGCUGCAAAGAAGCUCAUCAAUCAUGCCACUAAGCUUGCUGGCCUCAGCUUUGGGACUUCUUUUCUGGAAUGGGUGGCUUCCUUCGCAGCUAUUUAUUUGCUGAUAUUGGAUCGAACCAACAGGAGAACAAACAUGCUGACUUCACUUUUAGUCCCUUACAUAUUCUUUAGCCUUCCUUCAGUGCUGUUCGAUUUUUUCAGAGGAGAGGUUGGAAAAUGGAUUUCUUUCAUUGCAGUUGUACUAAGGCUCUUCUUCCCGCGACGCUUCCCAGAUUGGCUGGAGAUGCCAGGAUCUUUGAUUCUUCUCUUGGUUGUGGCUCCCAGCUUCUUUGCAGACACCUUGAAGGACAGCUGGGUUGGUAUCUUGAUAUGCCUUAUCAUUGGUUGUUACCUACUGCAAGAGCACAUUCGGGCAGCCGGAGGAUUCAGAAAUUCCUUCACUCAAACCCAUGGCAUAUCCAACACCGUUGGCAUUAUCCUUCUGUUAGUUUAUCCUGUCUGGGCGCUGGUUGUUUACUUUCUCUAGGCACAAAAUCAUUUUAUUCAGCACUUGUUAGACUCUAGCCUGUACACAAUAGGAGAAAACCAUUGUUUCCUGGUUUGCGCUUUGACAAUUUUCUUUUCCUGCCCCCAUCAUAUAACUUACUCGAGGUGCACUCGCAGGAAACUCUUUAUCAAGAAUCUGUGCACUCUCGGGAUUAGUCGUGGCUUUUUUCUCUAACACCCGUUGCCAAUCAAAACAAAAAUGUCUAAUUAUGUGAAUUGAGGAAGCUGUAUUGUAAAUGCCUUCAGACCGAUUUGGUUCUGGAUUGAUGUCAA